CUCAAAUCGAUAUUAUUCUACACAUUGUCAUGUCACAUACUAUUCGCUAUUUCGUCAUUAUUAUUUAAUUAGUGCUUUCAAACUUAAUUUUUGAUAUUACAAACAUUACCAUGCCGUUCGGCUAUGGAUGUAGAAGUAGGAUAGUGAAGCAGGUGCCAGCUAAGCCUACGAUACGUACCUUACCGAUACUGCAGGAACUAGUCACACCCGGGCCGUGCCAUUAUGAGCCUCCAAAUUUAAACGCUGGCAAGGGAUUUUCCAAUAUAAGACGUCCACCAGCUUACUCGUUCGGUCAAGUCCUAAGACCUAAUUGGCCUCCGGCAGUUUUACCCAAUGCACCGCUGGUCGAUAUUAGCGGAACCAGCAAAAAAGGGCCUCAUAGAAUCCCAGGAGGUUUAAUGAUGUAUAAAACGGAGCUGGGAACGGAUAAGCUGAGGAGACCAGGGCCUGGUGCUCACGAGCCCAAGUUUUACGUGCAGGUUAAGCGCCCACCAGCGUACAGCAUGCGGCUUGCAGCCAAAGCUCCAUACCGGUCGUUGGAUACCUGGACCCCACCACCCAAUAUGUACUGUCCUCCUAUACCCAAACCAAAACCACCAGCAUUCAGCUUCCGAUACAGAACCGAUAUAUACUACACGAGUAAGACGCCCGGUCCAGGCCAACACAACCCUAAUCACGAUUAUGUGAGAAGGAGUAAACCUGCCUUCUCCUUCGGGCCUCGGUACAAACCGGUGCGAAGCACAGAAACAUAUACUCCUGCGCCUAACGCUUACUGCGAAAAGAAGUUCUUGAUAAGCAAGCCUUCAGUACCGGCUCCAAGCUUCGGCAUCCGACACAGUCCCUACUUGGGCAAACGAGCAGUCAGCAUGAAGCCUUCCGACAUCGAAACGCGGAUCCGUCAAUACUGAAUACGAUCAAAGAUACACAUUACUACAAAUGUGAUUAACUCGAAUUUUAAUCCCGUAGGUAAUGAUUUUAUUUAUUUUAUGAUUUACAAUGUUUACAAAAUGUAAUAAAAUUUAAUAUUCGGUA